AUGAAUUCUGCUUCACUGAAACGAGAAUUUAUACAGUGGCGUCGAAGAGAAAGAAUUGAAAAACUGCUCUUCUUAUAUUAUCAGAACCUGUUCCCGUAUGAAUUGAUAUACAAAUGGCUGAAUUAUGGAAAGGGCCAUGGUCAUUUUGACAGACGCGAAUUUUCUUUUACCCUAGUGAAAGGUGCAGUCGCUCGUUUCCAAUCCUUUAGAGAUUGUGGGGAAUGGCGAAGAGCUCUUUUAGAAGAGAAGCCUGCCAAAAUUGACGUUGGUGCAUUGUAUACUUUAGAUGUGAAGAAAAAGACCGCUAAUGGUUUCGCACCGUGUGAAAAAGAACUAGUCUUUGAUAUUGACAUAACAGAUUAUGAUGAUGUUCGAUACUGCUGUAAAGGCGCCAGUGUUUGUCAAAAAUGUUGGAAAUUCUUGGCCGUAGCGUGUAAAAUACUCGAUAUCACAUUACGUGAAGAUUUUGGCUUCCAACAUCUUUUGUGGGUAUUUUCUGGACGUCGCGGCAUUCACUGUUGGGUGUGUGAUGAUUCGGUUCGAAUAUUACCGAUCGAAGCACGGUGUGCAAUAAUUAAUUACGUCCAGUUAGUGAUAGGAGGGGUGUACAUGCCAAAGAAAGUGAAAAUUGCGGAAGAGAACAUUCAUCACUCAAUUAGACGUGCAUUGGAUAUUAUCCGUGAAUACUUUAUCAUUGUUUGCAUUCAAGAACAAGACAUUUUAGGAACUCCAAGGAAAAUGGCUAAAUUUCUUAAUGUAAUUGAAGAUGAAGACUUAAAAGAAGUACAGGAUAAGUUCUUCGAACACAGAUGUUCAAGGGAUCGGUGGUUUGCUUUUAUGGAGUACAUCAAAGAGUUGCAAGACACAGGGAAUUUAAAGAGAGUGCAUAAGCAUAUUGUCGAAGAAAUAAUGAUUCAAUAUUUAUAUCCCCGAUUAGACUCCAAUGUUUCAAAAAGUGUCAACCAUUUGCUCAAAUGCCCUUUUUCUGUUCAUGCAGAUACAGGAAAAAUUGCCAUUCCCUUUGAUCCAAAAGAUGUUGAUAAUUUUAAUCCUCUGAAAGUUCCAAAUGUGGAGUUGCUUUUGAAUGAAAUUACAGAGCUAAAAAGAGAAUCAUUUUCUACCCAGAAAGAUCUACAUUCUCCCCAGAAUACACGUUUAUGUGAAAGUUUAGUCAUUUUUCAAGACUUCGUUUCUAAUUUAGAAAAAUCACAGGAAGGGAAGAAAAUAAUACCAAAUCUAGUACCCUUGCAGGUUAGAUAUUAA